UCAGUGUUUCCUUGGAAUCAAGAUGAUUUAAUUAUAUUUCCCUUUAGGCCAUCAUCAAGCCGCAGUAUGUGGAUCAUAUCCCCAAGGUCGUUAACGGCAAGGUGGGCGCACUUCUCGAAGAUAAGCUCGAACGCAACAACAUGAGUGAAAUCAUCGAUGCUUUGGGUACGAAGAAACGCAUGUGAAGAUAUUAGAGCAAUGGCUGACGGACGGUGUUGGAUUUUUUUUUCUGUAGACCUCCAGGACGUGUUGCAACGUGAAGUUGGACAACUUUCUGGUGGUGAAUUGCAGCGUUUCGCCAUUGGUGUUGUUUGUGUCCAAAAGGCUAAUGUGUAUAUGUUUGACGAGCCUUCCUCGUACUUGGAUGUCAAGCAGCGUUUGAACGCUGCUCGUGUGAUUCGUUCCUUGAUCUCUCCCGAGACUUACAUCAUUGUCGUCGAGCACGAUUUGUCCGUGUUGGAUUAUCUUUCUGAUUAUGUGUGUAUUUUGUACGGUAUGCCUUCAGCUUAUGGUGUGGUGACGCUUCCUGCUUCCGUACGUGAUGGUAUCAAUAUCUUCUUGGACGGUAACAUUCGUACCGAGAACUUGCGUUUCCGUGAAGAAUCUUUGACCUUCAAGAUCGCUGAACAAACCACGGAAGAUGCUGGUGGCGAUAUUACUCGCAACUAUUCGUAUCCUGAUAUGACCAAGACAUUGGGUGACUUCAAACUUGAUGUCAAGGCUGGUGAAUUCACGGAUUCCGAAAUUGUUGUCAUGUUGGGUCAGAACGGUACUGGCAAGACCACCUUUAUUCGUUUGUUGGCCGGUCUCUUGAAGCCUGACGGUGAAAAGUCCGUUCCCGAAUUGAACGUCUCUUACAAGCCUCAGAAGAUCUCGCCCAAGUUCCCUGGCACCGUUCGCAUGCUUUUCAUCAAGAAGAUCAAGGCCGCGUUCUUGAAUCCUCAAUUCAACACUGACGUUAUCAAGCCUCUCCAGAUUGAGAACAUCAUUGAUCAGCAAGUCACUCAUUUGUCUGGUGGUGAAUUGCAACGUGUGGCUAUUGUGCUGGCUUUGGGUCAACCUGCCGACAUCUACCUUAUCGAUGAACCUUCUGCUUACUUGGAUUCCGAGCAGCGUAUCAUUGCCGCCAAGGUUAUCAAGCGCUUCAUUGUUCAUUUCAAGCGUACUGCAUUCAUUGUCGAGCACGAUUUCAUCAUGGCCACUUACCUUGCGGACCGUGUCGUCGUCUAUGAGGGUACUCCCUCCGUUCACGCUACCGCCAACUCUCCUCAGUCACUCCUCUCUGGCAUGAACAAAUUCUUGGCAUCCCUUGAGAUUACUUUCCGUCGCGAUCCUACCAACUUCAGACCGAGAAUCAACAAGAUGGAUUCCCAGUUGGAUCAAGAACAAAAAUUGAGUGGCAACUAUUUCUUCAUGGAUAACUAAACACGGUUUUCAUGUAUCAUUAGAGCAUUGUCAUUCUUCCCCUUCUCUUUUCUUUCUUUCUUUUUCUUAGCUCUUUAUCUUGCUUUUUUUUCUCUUCUGAUUUAGAAUUCAUUAUAUGUGUAGGUUUCUUCAGUUUCUUUUUUUUUCUUUU